AUGGCAUUUGUAGUUAGAAAUGCACUUGUAGCUUUUAUGGACCUAAUGAAUCGAAUUUUCAAGACGUAUUUGGAUGAGUUUGUGGUUGUAUUUAUUGAUGAUAUAUUGAUUUAUUCGAAAAUUAAGGAAGAGCAUGAAUAUCAUUUGAGAUUAAUUCUUCAAAUACUCAGAGACAAGAAGUUAUAUGCUAAAUUGAAGAAAUGUGAAUUUUGGUCAGAUAAUGUUGUAUUUUUGGGUCAUGUGAUUAACACAUAUGGUAUUUCAGUAGAUUCGCAAAAGAUUGAAGCUAUUGUAAAUUGGCCUACACUGACUAAUGUUACAAAAGUUCAUAGUUUCAUGGGUUUGGUAGGUCAUUAUCAGGUUAUUAUCAAUGAUAUUUCUAUUAUUAGAGAAUUUCUGGAUGGGUUUUUAGAGGAAUUGCCAAGGGAGUUUGUUGACAGGGAAAUUGAAUUCACAAUUAAGGCUGUACCAAGUACUCAACCUAUUUCAAAAACUCCAUAUAGAAUGUUAACCGCUGAAAUGAAAGAAUUGAAAGAACAACUGCAGGAUUUGCUUGACAAGGGUUUUAUUCAACCACGUACUUCACCUUGGGGUGCGCCAAUUCUAUUUGUGAAGAAGAAAGAUGGAACCCUUACACUUAUGUAUCGAUAA